AAAAAAAAAUAAAAAUAAAAAAGUUACCGUAUGGAAUUUGCGUUGGAAAUUCGCCGCUUUCGUUGUAUUUGUUCAGUUCAGUCAUGUUGAAGAACAACGGGAAGAAGACGGCCGUCAGCGUGGGCACCGCGGCGGCUCUCUGCCUGCUGAUGUUAGUGGUCGCCGUGCGGCAUCACGGAGCUCACGUGGCCGCGGAGAGCACCGGCCCGGAGGAGAGUCGCUCGCUCCCCGGGGAUGAGGAUGACCCGGCGGCGGAAGGCGCCGGGCGCAAGGCGUUCACGGCGUACUUCGGCAAGCUGAGCCGCGGGCGCAGGGAGGCGGAGAAGCCCGCCACGCGCUCCCCGGGCUCACCCGGCGACCUUGCGACGCCCCCGGCCGAGGACAUCGGACCCGACGACCUGUUCAUCGCGGUGAAGACCACCAAGAAGUUCCACCAGUCCAGACUCAGUCUGCUCUUGGACACUUGGAUCUCCAGGAGCAUGCAACAGACGUACAUUUUCACAGACGGCGAGGAUGAGGAGCUCAAAAGGAAAAUCGGGAGUCGCGCCAUCAACACGAACUGUUCGGCAGCUCACAGCCGACAGGCCCUGUCGUGCAAGAUGGCCGUGGAGUACGACAAGUUCAUCGAACUGGGCAAGAAGUGGUUCUGUCACGUGGACGACGACAACUACGUGAACGUUCGCGCUCUGCUCAAGCAGCUCUCGCAGUACCAGCACACCCAGGACGUGUACAUCGGGAAACCCAGCCUGGACCGGCCCAUAGAAGCCACCGAGAGGCUGGGCGACAACAAGAUGAAGCCAGUCAACUUCUGGUUUGCCACUGGUGGGGCGGGCUUCUGUGUGAGUCGUGGACUGGCGCUCAAGAUGAGCCCGUGGGCCAGCGGCGGCCAUUUCAUGAACACUGCGGAGAAGAUCCGCCUGCCCGACGACUGCACCGUGGGCUACAUCAUCGAGUCGGUGCUGGGCGUCUCUCUCAUCCGCAGCAACUUGUUCCACUCGCACCUGGAGAACCUGCAGCAAGUGUCCAGACCGGACAUCCACAAGCAGAUCACUCUCAGCUACGGGAUGUUUGAAGACAAGAGCAAUAUCAUCAACUUGAAAGGACCUUUCACCCUUGAGGAGGAUCCAUCCAGGUUCAAGUCCGUCCACUGCCUCCUGUACCCCGACACCCCGUGGUGUCCCCCCCAGGUUGCCUUCUAGGGCGACCGCUCCUCCCUCAUCCUCGUCCUCAGUCUCGCCUCGGUAUCUGAAAGGCGGGCGAGGACCAAUGUAUUUUUGAUUAUUAUUUUUUUUUUUUUUUUUGGGUCAAGACCGCGUCAACGCUGGGUUCUUCCAGCGAGCGCUACGCGGCCGUUUUUGUGUAAGUGGGCUGCUGUGCGGCCCGCCGCUUACGGGACUCGCGCGACUUUUUUUUAAAGCUUUGCAGGCAAUCAUCUUGAGCUUUUUUGUAAAUGUUGCUUGUAAAUGUAUCUUGCAAUUCUUAUAGAAUGUAUUUCAUAUUUUCAUGCCAGAUUUUUGUCAGCUUUACGCCAUCUUUUUUUUUUUUUUCCAUGUUAGCUUUUUAAAAAAAGAAAUGGAAAUGCUACAAAGCAUUCAGAUGACUCCGGACAAAGGCUCUCACGUGAAGAUUUUGUUGUGUUUUUACAUAAACAGCGUUAUGAUUUGACCUCAUCUGAAGUUCAUCAGGACGAAGCACUUUGACCCCCUUCCAAAAAAAAAAAAAAAAAAAAAGAAUUACAAAAUGUCCUGGAAUGACUUCAGAUUUGUGUCAAAAGUAACAAAAACAACCCUGCAAAAUCUCAAUUCACUUGUAUGCUCCCUGCAUGUAUUACAAUCAGGAGGGAAAUAUUUGGAUUGUUAUGAUUUUGAAUUGCACAGCUGAAUUAACAAAUGAGCUGACGUUUGCCGUCGGAAAAAACGCUCGACCGCGCAUCAAAAACACGAUUGUUGUAUAUUUUGCAUGCAGUAGUAUCAUCUGGUUCGCUGAGUACCGCGAGGUGAGGACUCGAACCCGAGCACCGUCAGCGUCGCUGCAUGGAGUCGACCCAUAUUGGGUUAUGCCGUACUGUACAUGAUGAUGAUGACUACAGUAUUGUGUACUGUGCCUUUUGUUAGAAACCGUUAUGUACAGGCAUGUUUUGGCUGUAUUUUUUUAAAAAAUUGUCUGAGCCUUUUUAUUCUCCAGCAUCUGGGGGGGUGGUUGGAACAGCUCAUUCCCAAUAAAGACGUCUCAGGGAUUAUGAUCUGAUUCCUGCUAUUUAACUCACACGGGCCCGGUGGCGACAGCCCGAAACGUCAGAAAUAAAAGUGCAUAACCACUGAGAAACAUCUGGACGU